AAAGUGUAUUCUUUGUGCAUCCGUCCAUGCUUUAAUCUUUUCCAUCAAAUGAUUUGAAAUUUUCUGAUUUGAAUAUUUACUGUUAUUGCGUGACUAUCACUAUCACGGUUUUUCUAUUCAUUUAUUUAUUUGCAUACAUUAAAGAUGUCAAUUUAAUUCACAUAUGCAUGGGAAAACUAUUUUAUAAACAUAUUUUUAAUAAAAGCUAUUUGCAAACUUUUCCCCUUUAAAUUCAUCGCAAACGUUGUAGUGCAUGCAAUAUUGCAUUGUUUUAUUUGCGCUAAAGCGGAUACAGACAAGCAGUGCGCCGGUGCUGUGUGUUUGUGCGCGUGUACGUGUGUGUGUGUGUGUGUGUGUGUGUGUGUGUGUGCGCGCGCGUGUGUGUGUGUAAGACAGCGGCUCGCGAUGUCCACGCUCUCCACCACUGUUCUGGUGAUCCGAUAGUUGUGAAAAGCCACCACUAGUCGCCCCCAGUGCUCUUGCAGUCUCCAAUUUUCUUUCCCACUGUAGACUUAACGUCACGUCCGCACUUGAACUUGAAUUUUAUCCCAUUGUACGGAGGCAGCCCUCGCCACAGAGACACUGAGAGCUCCCGGAGAAGCAGGACUCCGCCAUCUUCAUAGAGGCAGAAAAGGGAGAAAAAAAAGCUUCAUUCAUUUGGAAAGGAGGUGGCAAGUCCAUGUCCCUGGUCUCCAGUGCGCAAAGCCGAAUAGGGGAGCAAGUGCAAAGAGUUGGAGAGAGUGCAAAGUAACCGGGCAUCGCAUGCACUUAGAGCCCAGGAGAGAAGAAGAACUGUCCAGUGCUUGGCACACUCAAGUGCCAACUCAAGGAGAAAUUGGAUUCGUUUCAUCCAAUCUAAUAAGUAAUGACCAUUUUUCUUUUUUAGAAUUAUUUUGACUCCGAGAGAAAAAAAAAAAAUUCUAAUUGCCUUUGACAAAUCCACAAGGCGCAGACCGGACGAAGAGAGAGCCACCAGAGGGUCCAACCUACCCAAACGCACCGGGCAUCCACGUUCUGAGACAUUUCCAGUGGUUUCUUCACAACUGUCACUCGUCAAGGAUAUUUUCGCCCUCGGACAGAUCGCGCUUGGCACACAGCUGAAGUGCAUGUGUGUGUCGCUGAGGUACUGAGCGUCUGCGCGUCUCUGGUCAUCUGGAGAGCCGGAGCGCAAAGACACUUUCGCUUCUCUCACAUUCACGGGACCCCUAUCUGUAUCCACGGCCCGGAGCUGUGGCAGUUCUUUGGAAGUCCCGGGAAAAGUUAGUUACCGAGGGGGGAAAAAGCCCACGCCACGGACACGGAGGACAGAAGGCGCGAGCCGACUAUUCCUUGUGCGGGUCUCUGGGCGAUGCCAGUGUAAAUGCCAGGGCAAUGUCCCGUCGCAAGCAGGGAAACCCUCAGCAUUUGUCGCAAAGAGAAAUUAUAACACCGGAAGCUGAGCAUGUGGAUGCGGGACUGGCCGUGGCUGAUCUCCACUCUCACCCUCACCCGCUGCUGGAUCCCAGCAUGCCUGGGCCUCUGCCUCCGGGCCUGGGCGACCAUGACCUCCUCACCUGUGGCCAGUGCCAACUAACCUUUCCCCUGGGGGACAUUCUGCUCUUCAUUGAGCACAAGAAAAAGCAAUGCCAGGGUCUGACGACUGGCCACGGCUGCUACGACAAGAUGGCGGACCGCAAUAGCCCCUCGCCGCCCCGCGCAGAGCUGAGGAAAGUGGUGGAACCGGUCGAAAUUGGAAUCCAGGUGACACCUGAAGAAGAGGACGAGAGACUGUUGACGCCCCCAAAAGGAAUUUGCCCCAAGCAAGAAAGUGGCCUGGCAGGUAGAGAUGAACCUUCGAGUUACAUAUGCACAACGUGCAAACAGCCCUUUACCAACGCCUGGUUCCUUCUGCAACACGCUCAGAACACGCAUGGGAUCCGCAUCUACUUGGAGACCAACCCCUCGAAUACCUCCCUGACCCCACGGAUCACUAUUCCUCCCCCCAUUGGUGCUGAAUCCAUACCACAGUCCCCGUUAACCAACUUUUUAGGGGACAGCAACCCCUUCCACCUCCUACGGAUGACUGGGCCCCUACUCCGAGAGCCCCCACCUGGCUUUGUGGAAAACCGCCUCCCUAAUACGCCUCCCUUUGUCAGCCCCCCUCCUCGCCAUCACUUAGAUCCCCAUCGCCUAGAACGCCUUAGCGCAGAGGAAAUGGGUUUAAUCUCCCAGCAUCCCAGUGCCUUUGAGAGAGUGAUGCGCAUGACACCCAUGGCCAUGGAGUCCCAGUCCAUGGAUUUCUCCCGCCGACUUAGAGAGCUUGCUGGAAACAACAACUCCACUCCACCGCUGUCACCAAGCCGUGCCAACCCUAUGCAUCGUCUCCUCAAUCCCAACCCCUUCCAGCCCAGCCCGAAGUCGCCCUUUCUGAGCACCCCUCCGCUGCCUCCCAUGCCCCCUAACAGCACCACCCCACCGCAGACACAGGCCAAGUCGAAAUCCUGUGAGUUCUGUGGCAAGACCUUCAAGUUUCAGAGUAAUCUGGUUGUUCAUCGGCGAAGCCACACAGGCGAGAAACCCUACAAGUGCCAACUGUGUGACCAUGCCUGUUCUCAGGCUAGCAAACUAAAACGCCACAUGAAGACCCACAUGCACAAGUCUGGCUCCAUGACGGGGCGUUCUGACGAUGGCCUGUCCACCACCAGUUCACCUGAGCCAGGCACUAGUGACGUCACUGGGGAGAGUAUGAAGAACAGAGACGGCGAUUUUAGAGGUGAGGGCAUGGGCCCUGAAAAUGAAGAGGAGGAGGAAGAGGAAGAAGAGGAGGAACUAGAAAAUGAAAGCAGGCCUGAGUCAAACUUCAGCAUGGACUCUGAGUUCAGUCGGAAUAGGGAAAAUGGCUCAAAGCCUCCUUCGGAUGAGAAGAGUCUCUCUUUGGGGAAGAUGGUGGAAAACGUAGGGCUCAGCUCCAUCCAGCAGUACAAUAACUUAAUAGUCGACAAUCGGAAAAGGCUUCCAUUCUCCAAAAGGAUGUCAGAAGUGCAGAGGGAUGCAGGUGACCACGAUUCAGUAGUGGGGGAAAUGGACCAAGUGGAGCGUGCAACUGUGAACGGAAGGAACUGUGGCUCAGGCGACUCUUUCUCAGGCCUGUUUCCCCGCAAGCCCACUCCCAUCACCAGCCCUAGCCUCUCCAACACCUCUAACAAGAGGAUCAAAAUCGAAAAGGAUUUGGACAUGCCCCCAGCCCCCCUAAUCCCAUCUGAAAACGUCUACUCCCAGUGGCUAGUGGGCUAUGCAACAUCCCGCCACUUCAUCAAAGAUCCCUUUCUUGGCUUCACCGAUUCUAGACAAUCUCCAUUCGCCACCUCCUCAGAGCACUCUUCCGAGAACGGCAGCCUGCGUUUCUCCACGCCGCCAGGGGACCUGCUGGACGGGGGCCUCUCCGGCCGCAGUGGUACCGCUAGCGGAGGCAGCACCCCACACUUGGGUGGGGGGCCGGGACCGGGCCGGCCCAGCUCAAAAGAAAGCCGAAGGAGUGACACCUGUGAGUACUGUGGGAAGGUGUUCAAGAACUGUAGCAAUCUGACAGUGCACAGACGCAGCCACACAGGCGAGAGGCCCUACAAGUGUGAGCUUUGCAACUACGCCUGCGCCCAGAGCAGCAAGCUUACCCGCCACAUGAAGACACACGGCCAGCUCGGACUUCCUGUGAUGUGUAGUUGAACGCAUUCUCAGAAGUAGCAACACGCUUACAGAAUGCACAGCUGAAUUUUCCCUUUUCUUUUCUCUUCUAUCCAACUGAUUUAUUGGCAGUUAAACAGCCUUCUUUCAACAAGAUGCCCUAACCAGCGCAAACGAUUGAAGCGAGGGAAUAUCGUGGUUUUAAAAAGAGCAAAGCAAACUAAUGAAAUAGAAAGAGAGAGAGAGAGAAAGAAAAGUAAACAUACACAGCUCUUUGCAGUUGACCCGCACUUUAUUAUUUUGAUUUACAUAUUUGAAAACAAUAGCGAAAACGGCUUCUGAGCAAGAAAUUAUGUUAAAAUACAAAUUUAUUGGGCCUUGCUAGAGGGAGCAUCUGAGAUUGAAGUGCCAGUGUUGAUAGGCUUGGCUUUCACAAUGCUGGCACUAUAAAAAUGAAAUUAAUUUAUUUGGACAGUUUUUGUACUGCCAUUCAAUUUGACAUGAGUGUGCCUUGAAUACUGAUCUUCCUAUUUAUUGUCUUAUAAGACAAAUGCAACACUUUUGUGAAGCAAAGAAUUGAAAGAAAAAAAAAGAAAAAAUUAAGUCCAUGUGGUUUUAAUCUGCUUCUAAAAGAAUAAUGAUAAAAACAGAUACGUAGGUCACUUAAAGAACUAAGCUGAACUAAAAUGAAAGGUAGCCAGCACAAUACUAAUGUGUGUCUAUGUGUGUAUAUAUGUAUGCAUAUGUACAUAUAACUGCACAAAAACACACACAAUAGACAAAUAUAUAUAAAUAUAUAUAUGUAAAUUUUUUCACUUCAGGACAAGACUGCGUCCCUUGAAAAUAAUGGAUGAUUCUUUUGCUACAAAUAGUCAAGGAAGAGACUGGACAAAAAUCAGGAACUACAGAAACUUAAAAAAAAAAAAAAAAAAUAGAAAAAAGAAAAAAAAGAAAAAAGUAAAACGUUUAGUGCACUCUGUCUUAAAAUACGUUUACAGUAUUGAAACAAGUACAAGGGUAAAAUGAUAUUUCUGUGUAUGUGUGUUUUAAACAAACAAGAAUUUUUCUUUUCUUUUCUUUUUUUUUUUCCAAGUUUGCUUAUAAAGUUUCUCUGAAUGCCAUAGUGGCGUGUGUAUAUUGGUUUUUGGUGACGGGAUUUUAAGUAUAUAUAUAUAUAUAAAUAUAUAUAUAUAUAUAAAUAUAUAUGACAUUUCUCUUGUUUACUGUAAAAGUAUACCAGUAUUUGUAAUAUUGGAGAAUGCCUGGGCAUUUUACAAAAAAAGAAAAAAGAAAAAAAAAA